AUGUCUACCUCAAUCCCCACCAACAAAAGGACGGCUGUUCUCAACGAUGGAAAUCAAAUUCCACUAAUUGGCCUGGGGACGUACCUCUCAAAGCCAAAUGAGGUUCGGGAUGCUGUUCUAGCGGGAUGGAGAUGUGGCAUGCGGCACUUUGACUGCGCUCAGUUCUAUCAGAAUGAAAAGGAAAUCGGUUCCGCAAUCGAGACUCUGAGGGAGGAGGAGCCGGCCUUCAAGAGGGAAGACCUCUUCAUCACUAGCAAGGCUUGGAACUCACAUCAUCGACCCGAGAAUCUGAAGAAGGCCCUCGACCAGACUUUGAAAGACUUAGGCACUGACUACUUGGAUCUUUACUUGAUUCACUGGCCAGUCAACUUCGCCGCGGUUUAUGAUGCCAAGUUCGAUACUGGCGUAAAGCUGGAACCAUCUGAGGGAGGCAACAUGAUGCUCGACAGGCAGCUGAGCUUGACGGUUACCUGGGAAGCUAUGAUCGAGGUUCAAAAGGCUGGCAAAGUAAAUAGCAACUUCAGCCCGGCGCACAUUCAGAAGCUCAUUGACGAGACUGGUGUAGUUCCAGCUGUCAAUCAGGUUGAAGCUCAUCCUCUUCUGAUCCAACAGGAGUUGCUCGACUACUGCACGUUGAAGGGCAUCCAUAUCACCGCUUACAUGCCAUUUGGCGGCGAUGCAGCUCGAGGAGGUGCCAAAGUCCUCGGAAAUCCCGCGGUGGACCAAAUUGCUCGCAAGUUCCGUAAAGAUGCAGGCCAAGUUUUGGGAUCAUGGGGAAUCAAGGCGAGUAUUUUUCUGCCUUCAUGGACGUCUCUCUAA